AUGGCGGCUCCCCCACCCACAGAGUGCCCCAAGGCAAGCCCUGCCCUCUGCAGUAUGGAGAGCAAAAGCUCGGGGUGCUGUGGGGCCCCCAGGAAACUGGGACUGUCCUUCUCCAUCGAGGAGAUCUUAAAGAGGCCCACCGAGAGGAGCCGUGUGGUCAGGUCGGAAAGGGCAGGUGGACAGGACACUGGGCCAGCAGCAGCUGUGAGCUCCGGACCAGAGAGGCCCCCACAGGCCCAGCCCCAGGAGGAAAGAAAGAGCAAGCGAAGGGUCCGAACCACCUUCACCUCUGAGCAGCUGCAUGAGCUGGAGAAGAUCUUCCACUUCACCCACUACCCAGACGUCCACAUCCGCAACCACCUGGCAGCCAGGAUCAACCUCCCAGAAGCUCGGGUGCAGAUCUGGUUCCAGAACCAGCGUGCCAAGUGGCGGAAGCAGAAGACCGGCAGCCCCAGGGCCCCGCAGCAGCUGAGUGAGGCCAGCUCGGCCCCGGCCAUGAACCCCAACAUGGCCGGUCCCAGGCUGCCGCCCUCCACUCAGCCCCUGCUGGCUCUCCCCACCAGGUGCUAUCCACCAGCUCCCAGCCAGCCGGUCUCUGCCUGGUGCCCCGGCCAGAUCACCGUCUUGCCAUGCCACCUGUGGGAGACGCAGCCUCUCCCAGGCCCUCUCAUCCAGCAGACCUGCGUCCCUGCUCUGUGCUGCCUUCCACCUGCGAACCCCAAAUGGAACAGCCUCUGUGCCACCUCCACAUAG